AUGGGUAAAACUCGAGAAAAAUGGCCUAAAUUAAAGAGUAUUCGUGCUAUGUUCUUCCCUCCAAAUACAGCACCCGAGAAAAUAUUGAAGAAUAUCCAUGCGGCCUAUCCCAGCGAGCCACAGCUGGCCGAGCCUGUUCGAGCUCGAGAUGAAAAGGAAGUAAGGCAGUUGUUGGAAAGUGGAACAGAGAUUGACGUUAUGAAUGAUACUGGGCUCAUGCCGCUGCAAGUAGUAGCCGCUCUGGGGUAUACGGAAAUGGUGCGAUUACUUCUCGAACACAAGGCAGACAUGAAUGUCGAGCUACUUGCUCAGGGAGGUACAGAAUACAUUCCAUGCACAGUUCUGCACAUCGCAGUAGGGAGAGAGGACGCAGAUAUUGUCGAGUUGCUACUACAAGGUAAUUCGAAAGGUCUCGGACGAUUUCGACUAUUCCAGCAAAGGUUUCGUGGUGGAAGGGGGUAG